AUGUUCUCAAGUGUGGAAAGUGGCCCAGAUGUCACUGCUACUGCUGGAGAGAGAGAUAAUCCAGAGGUUGUCAUCUGGGCAUUAAUAUUGCCAAAAUUGUUGCCUUGGCCACAGCUGUUGGCUUUCCUGCUGGAAGAUGAUGGAGCAAGAAAACAUUUGAAGGUUGAAGAAGUAGGAAUGGAGACUAAGCAGUUAAUAGGUGACAAGAUCUCUUCCCCAUCUGCCCUUUCAGUAAUCCUGGAAACAUACUGUGUGAACACGAUAACCUCUAAAGCGCCCUGGGUUUCUGAGGUCGUGUCCAGUGCAUGGUAUUAUCUUCCUUCACGGCUUCCUCAUGCAGUGACCUCAGUACCUCUGUCCUCCUUUCCUGGUUACCCGCCAGGGCAAAGGCAUAGGCCAACAGUGCCUUGGUGUAGACUCUUCUCCUCCACCCAGGACACAGUGGUAGCUCUCCACGCCUUGUCCAGAUACGGAGCAGCCACUUUCACCAGCGCUAGGAAGGUUGCACAGGUGACCAUCCAGUCUUCAGGGACAUUUUCCACAAAAUUCCAAGUGGAAAACAGCAGCCGCCUGUUACUACAGCAGGUUUCACUGCCAGAAGUGCCUGGAGAGUACAGCAUGUCAGUCACAGGAGAAGGAUGUGUUUACCUCCAGACAUCUUUGAAAUACAAUGUUCUCCCGAAAAAAGACGAGUUCCCAUUUGCUUUGGAGGUGCAUACUCUGCCCCAAACUUGUGAUGGACCCAAAGCCCACACCAGCUUCCAGAUCUCACUGAGUGUCAGUUAUAUUGGAAGCUGUCCAGCCUCCAAUAUGGCAAUUGUUGAUGUGAAGAUGGUAUCUGGCUUCAUUCCCUUGAAACCAACAGUGAAAAUGCUAGAAAGAUCUAAUGUGAGCCGAACAGAAGUUAGCAACAAUCAUGUUUUGAUUUAUCUGGAUAAGGUGACAGAUGAGACCCUGACCUUGACCUUCACAGUUCUGCAAGACAUCCCAGUAAGGGAUCUGAAACCGGCCAUAGUGAAAGUCUAUGACUAUUAUGAGACGGAUGAGUUUGCAGUUGCUGAGUACAGUGCUCCUGGCAGCAAAGAUACUGGAAAUGCUUAAAAACCAUGUCGAUGAAAACUGCUUUGCUGGAGUCCCUGUUCCACAGACUCAGAUCUCCGCGGAAGAAAGACAAUUUUUAACAUCUCUGAAGGCUUGUUGAAUAAACCUUUUUUUUUUUUUUUU